AUUGUUUUCGUAAUCAGUCCUUUUUUUCUCCCUCUUAGGGUUUCUUUCUCAGCAAAUUUUGGUAGCCAUGAAUCCAAUUCCAUACCAACCUGCAGCACCCCCACCUCCGUGGCCUCCAAUGGUGCCGCCCAACCCUCCAAUGACGAGCACUUUCUGGGAAACCUCAAAUGUUCGUGAGCGGCUCAAGAACUUGCAAGACACUCUUCGUCUAGCAAAAGCAAUGCAGAAAGAGCUUGAGAUGGUGAGGUUGAUCAAAGAUGGUAAACGAGCUGAGGAUGAUGAUGGAGCUUCAGUCAGUGAGUUUUCUGAAUUUUUGAAAGAGAGGAGGAUCAAUUUGGAGUCCCAAGUGUCCCUUUCAGUGGAAGCUGCAAAUGCUUUAAUGGCUAAACUACGAGUUGAGCUUGCUCCAUUUAGAGCGAUCACUCAUGAAAUGUGUCCAUGGGAGGAAAAAUCUGCGGCACUUCGAUUAUCGAAUAAAAUACGUAAGUGCAAGAGAAAUAAACGAUGGAGAAAAGCAAAGAGGAAGCGCAUUGCAGAAAUGAGUGCAAAGGAGCGCGAAAGAUUCGAAGAAGCUGAUCGAGAAGCUGAUGAGUGGAGAGCCAGGGAAAUUGCCAAGGAUAUUGCUAAACGCAAGAUGGAGGACAUGGGAAAAAUUGCAAAGCUUAAAGCAAAAGAAGAGAGAAAGAGACUAGAAUCUGAGCUUGAGACGGUAUUGAUUGUAGAGAAAUUGCAAGAGUUGCGUUCCAUCAGGAUUGAAAAAUUGAAGAAACAAGGUCAUUUUCUCCCUGAGGAGGAUGAUAAAUUUCUUGAAAGAGUACGGGCCGCAGCGGAGGAAGAGGAACAACAAGUAAUCAUGGCAGCUGACAUGGAUGCUGCUAAGGAUGCCAUAGCAACUGUUGAGCAAUCUAGGAAAACAACCGAGAAUUUCAGACCUGACUCCAAAGAUCAAAGCAGCGAUAUCACUAAUGCAGUGCCCUCUAGUGCAGUCACUAACAAGGAGCCUGGGAAACAAGUUUCACAGGGAGAGGGUUAUAGCGGAGCUUAUGAUGCUGUGGCGAACUUACCCAUUGAAUUUUAUCACUACUAUCAUGGUAGCAACACUGAUAUGGGCACCCUUAUUGAGGUGAGAAGAACAUGGGAUGCCUAUAUAAGACCGGGAGGAAGCCGCAUACCGGGACACUGGGUUCAACCCCCACCUCCAGCGGAUGAUAUAUGGGCAUCCUACCUGGUGCAGUCUAAAUGACUCCGCUGCUGUAGCUUGAAUCAGUCAGUGCCGAUGGCAGAUUUUGCAGAAAAAGAUGGACUUGGGAUUUAGGUUAUUUUUCUUGUAGAAAUGAUUUUUUCCAAUUUUGUAAUGCAGAUGAUGAUGAUAUAGCUUAAUGAUAAAAACAUGUCAAUUUUCUUUACGAGUCAGAG